AUGGAUCAGGCAAUAACAAAUAAGUAUAUUUUUAUAAUAAUUGAGCUUAAGGCCUUAUAGGGCUAUGGACCCUCAAGUACUUGAUUAAAAUUAAGUUUCUGCAGAAGGUUAGAGCAAACCUACUAUUAUUAAAUGCUUUAAAUGUGGAUGGCUUGGAGUCACAAAAGUUAAAAAUAAAAUAGGAAAAGGAACAUUAUGUGCAUCUCUUUUACUUUUAGUUUUAUUCUGCCCAUUAUUUUGGUUACCAUGUUGCUUAGAAUCGUGUAAUGAUAAAGUGCACUUUUGUUAAAGUUGCGGGAUUAUUGUUGGAGCUAAAUUUUAUAAAUUAUGUUGA